UACCUUUGCCCCCACCACCGCACCGCAUUCCCCUCGGAAGCAGCCAGACCUCCUCCACCACGAUGUUCAGCAUCAGGGUAUUCCUACAAAAAUUCCUGAUUCUCCUGCACGUUACUGCUUGUGUUGUUGUUGGCAAAACUCUGAUGAUACUGUUCCCCAAUGCCAUGAAAAGAUACAUCCUGAAACAGGGCGAGAAGAGCAGGAUGAAUAAGAAUCCGAAGUUCAGCUAUGAAAACUGGGGCCCAACCUUUUUCAGCUUCAAGUACUUGCUCUUUGUGCUGAAGGUGAAGUGGAGGAGGCUGGAGGAUGAAGCCUAUGAGGGAUGUCCUGCUCCCAACACACCGGUGGUGACUUCCAAAGGAGAAGUUCGUCACCUCCUUGAUUUCCUGCAAGAUAACCGACCUUUAAUCCUCAACUUUGGAAGUUGCACCUGACCUUCCUUUAUGCUAAAAUUUGAUGAGUUUAACAAGCUCAUCAAAGAUUUCAGCUCCAUAGCAGAUUUCCUCAUCAUCUACAUCGAAGAAGCUCACGCAGUAGAUGGAUGGGCUUUCAAAAACAAUAUCAUUAUUAAAAAUCACAGAAGCCUUGAAGAUCGAAAACUUGCAGCACAAUUUCUUCAGAAAAAUAAUCCUUUAUGUCCAGUGGUUUUAGACACUAUGGAAAACCUGAGCAGUUCAAAAUAUGCUGCAUUACCAGAACGACUGUAUCUACUUCAGGGAGGGAAGGUCAUCUACAAGGGAGGAGUGGGGCCUUGGAAUUACCACCCCCAGGAAAUACGGGCAAUCCUGGAAAAAAUGGAAUAGAAAAAGAAGAGGACUUCAGAGGAAAAGCUCUCUGGAUAAAAAAGCUCAAUGAGUAAGUUUUCACAGACAGAAGAAGAAAAAAGAAUUUAAAAUAACAACAGAGACAACAAGAAUCUAAAGAACAACCACUACAGCCUCUACUACUGCAUUGCAGUAUCUUACCAUGCUUAAACCACAUGCACUAAGAGUAGUGGGUCCAUUGAGCCAUCAGGACUGGAUACCAAGCUUCACAUUGGUGAGGAGUAUCAUGCAGGAUAAACUUCAGGGGUGGUGACAUUUCCAAAAGUCGACUGGCAUGCAAAACAACCCAUUUCACAUUAUUAGGAUUCUCUUCUAUACCUGGAAUUUUCCCGGAUGUUCAUUUCCACCGACUUCAGAAGGCUUCUGAAUAAGACAAUCUCUAUCAAUAUUUGUUUCUAUUAAUAUUUGUGAUGACAGUCACAGCACAAAGCACAGAGGGCUGCGACCUGAUUGUAGGAAAUAUUGAUAGAAACAGGAUUGAUCUGCAAUUAUUAAAAAUCUAUCAUAACACUA